AUGUUGAAGAAGGUGCAUUACUGUCGACUUUAUGGACUCCUUGACCUUUCCCAGUGGAAAGACGAUGUGCGUUCAAAAAUAAUACACUUCUUGAACCACCUGAUUGACCUUGGCGUGGCAGGGUUCCGAAUUGAUGCUGCUAAGCACAUAAGGCCCGAGGACAUAAAUGUUAUUUUAAGCAAGCUAAAUAACCUCAAUGCCCGAUGGUUCACCAAAGGUUCACGACCUUUCAUCUAUCAAGAGGUAAUUGAUUUGGGCGGUGAAGCCAUCCAAAGCUCUGAAUACUUCAGAAAUGGCCGAGUGACUGAAUUUAAAUAUGGCAUGCAGUUGGGGACUGUCCUUCGCAAAUGGAAUGGACAAAAGAUGGCGAAUUUGAAGAGCUGGGGAGAAAGCUGGCACAUGAUGCCCUCUAAUAAAGCCUUCGUCUUUGUUGAUAAUCACGACAACCAGAGGGGACAUGGAAGUGGUGGGUCCUCCAUUCUCACGUUUUGGAACCCUAGACUUUAUAAGAUGGCAGUGGGGUUUAUGCUCGCUCAUCCCUAUGGAUUCACACGAAUCAUGUCGAGCUACUGGUGGCCUAAAGAUAUCCAGAAUGGAACGGACUUGAAUGAUUGGGUUGGACCACCAAGCAAUAGUGAUGGAUCCAUUAAACCUGUGACAAUUUAUGAAAAUCAAACUUGUGGCAAUGGCUGGAUCUGUGAACACCGUUGGGAUGAAAUUCGAAACAUGGUGAUAUUCCGAAAUAUCGUCUAUGGGGAGCCAAUUACAAACUGGUGGGACAACGAUAACAAUCAGGUAGCAUUUGGACGUGCUGGCAAAGGAUUUGUUGUGUUUAAUAAUGAUGACAGGAACUUGUCAGUAAUCCUUCCAACUGGACUUCCUGCUGGGGCUUAUUGUGAUGUCAUUUCAGGACUAAAGGAAGGCAAGACUUGUACAGGAAUUCAAAUCCAUGUGGCUGCUAAUGGCAUGGCACAUUUUCAGAUUAAUUACCAAGCAAAACAUCCCUUCAUUGCAAUUCAUGUUGAAGCCAGACUGUAAUAUAUACUGAUGAACAUUUCUCCUGUUUGAUUGGGUUCUCUUCUCUGUGUAUUAUAAAGCUGAUUUUAUACAUUAUUAUUUAUUACUUCUAUAGGCUGAUUCUAUCAUAACUCAUGAUGUUAUACAAUGUAAGACAACGUACAGCAAUGCAAUUCAAAACAAUACCAAAAACAUGUGGAAUAAAAUAAUAUAAACUUUAACAGAUCAGUUAUCCUGCAAGGGAUCCAUUCCUAUCCAUUUCUAAUCCAAGACCCGGGAGAAGAGCCAUGCUUUUAAGGAUUGUUUAAAUAUAGUCAGUGAAGUCCAUGUGAAUAUCUGGGGGAGGGUGUAAUUUCAAAGAGGAUAGUAAUAGAAAUAGCACUUAAACUUUUAUACAGCUUCACAGUGCUCUACAACUCUUCUUAAGCAGUUUGUAAAAACUGAGUCAGCCUAUUGCCCCCAACAAUCUGGGUCCUCAUUUUACUGUCCUCGGAAGGAUGGAAGGCUGAGUUAACCUUAAGCCGGUGAGAUUUGAAUUACCAAACAAGCAAUGUAACAAAGAAGGUUUGCUUCCUGAGUCUUAACCAGGUGACAUUGCCUGAUUUGUAUGGGAUAGAUGGAAACUUGUUCUGACCCCCUCCUCCAUCUAGUAACGAAUGCCGAGACAA